CUUUUUAGUGCUGCUCUACGGAUUUCAUGCUCCCACCUAAGCUCCCACUAUUACAUUAAUACUUCCGCAAAUAUAUGUAUCCACCAUAAAUCACAUGGUGUGUAAAUUGUUGCUGGAAGAUUUAUUUUCAUUCAAAGUAAAUACAAAUUUUAAGAAUGGGAGUAGAAAAGAAAAUUGAAAAGGAAAAUGGGCAUACGUAUGUGCAAUGGCUAUCUGGUGUAGUUGCAAACUCGACUAUGUUCACCUAUGGCCUACAAGCCGGCUGGAUGUCGCCCUCCGCCAAGGUCCUGCAGUCCAGCUCCUCACCGACGGGCACUCCGCUGUCAGACUCCACGCUGGGCUGGGUCGCUAGUCUCAUGCCCAUCACUGCCUUCUUCACAGUGCCGCUCUUUGCCUUCCUCGCUGACAGGAUUGGUAGGAAGAACAGCUUAUUGCUUCUAACUGUUCCACAACUGGGAUCCUGGCUUUUCAAGCUGUUCGCCACGAACUUGACGUGCCUCAUCAUAGCCAGGAUACUGUUCGGCAUAUCCGCCGCCGGCUGCUUCAGCAUCGUGCCCAUGUACAACCGGGAGAUUGCUCGGGAAGAUAUCAGAGGGCGCAUGGUUUCCAUGUUGGUCUUCUUUCUUAAUCUAGGUAUACUAGCAAUGUAUGGAAUAGGAGCGUGCCUGGACUAUUAUACGGUGCUGUAUAUCGUGGUCUGGACGCCGGUCUUGACUUUCCUCUUUAUGCUGCUCUGCCCAGAGUCUCCUGGAUACUUGGUGAAGAUUGAGCGUUUUAAGGAUGCAGCCAAAAGCUUAUCACGCCUGAGAGGUCUCCCCAGUAGCGACAAAUCCCUGCAAUGUGAAUUGGACUACAUGAGGAAGCAGGACGAGUACUACAAAACACUCCCGAAUCUCUCGUUGAUAGUUAUUUUGAAGAACAAGACCUGGCGUAAGGCCUACCUGAUCGCCACGCUCGUUAUAAGCGUUCAGGCUCUGGCCGGUAACUUCGCGCUGGUUACCUACGGCGCCAACAUCCUGUCGGCAGUGGUCGACAUGAACGCUGAACUGCAGACGCUCAGCUUCCCUAUUAUCAUGAUGCUCGGCUCCAUCGUGUCUAUUUGCGUUAUGGAACAUGCCAGGAGGAAGAUAAUCCUCCUAUUUUCCUACGUGGUGUCAGGGUUAUCGCUGGCCAGCCUGGCGACGAUGAUCAUGUUGCCCGACAUUGCACCAGGAUGGCUGCUGCUGCUGGUCCUCGCCUGUUCUAUGUUCGUGUACGCUUUGGCUGUACUGCCUGGUCCAGUUAUCAUCAUGUCUGAGAUUUUCAACAUUCAGGUCCGAGCAAAGCUUAUAGGCGUAGUCACGGGCCAGGCCUGGUUCAUGAGUUUCACUCAACUGGCUGCCUUCGCUCCGAUCACCGCGGCUCUGGGCAUGCACACAUACUUUUACAUCUGCGCAUCGAUGAAUCUCCUCGGCAUUGUUACAGUCCUGGUACUCAUGCCCGAAACCAGAGGGAAAAGCAUUGAGGAAAUUGAGGAUGAAUUGAAGAAAUGAAUUUAGAAAUACAAAUAUCACGAAUCAUCGACUAAUAAAAUGUAUGAGUUUAA